CCUUAGCAACAACACACAGCAGCAGCGUCGAAUAAGAUACUCCUACCGCAGAGAGGACGGAUUAAACACCGCCGCUUAAUUGCACCGACUACAGGUGAAGGCUUUUAUACAAAGGGGAUGCUUCGGUUGUUUUUGCAGUUCAACAUGGGGCAAGACUUCAGCUAGCGAGCAGCCCCAAGCUGUCCCAAAAAGGAGGGCAAAUCCGUGGGGUUCACCGAGUGGUAGCAUCGCUGUUCGCUAACCGGGAAUAAGCACGGGAAUGGUGCUCUGGAUCGACUCACUGUACCGACAGAGAGAGGCGAGGGGCACACGGGUCACACCACCUAGCUGUAAUAUCCGGACUCAAACAAUUUUUAAGAGAGGAGGCAUCUCUCUGGUGGACGGGUGUUUUUGUGGCUGUGCGAGCUAGCUGACUGGCUAGCUGAGGGAAACCGACCCCCAUCCGCCCGCCAGCCAAGGCUAAUGUUAGCCAGCAUACUGAAGACACAACUGUGUGGUUUUAAUAAGAUAAAGGAGAAAUUACAGUCAAAGUCUAGAAGAAAGCUAGCUGACCCCGAAAGGAGGAAAAUAACCAGUUAGCUUGUUAGAAACACUAACAACCAAGUUUUAAAUACUAUUAGCUAAGCUGGCUACGUGACUAUACUUUGAAUCUUUGUUUCACUUGUUUUUUUACUUUUGGAUUUUUUUCCCACUUCGGAUGCUGGCAUCACAUUUUAAUUGCAAUCAUGAUGAUAAUAAGCAGAAAACCAGAGGGCCCAAUAGCAACAGCACGCCAUGGUGACGGCCUGUAUGACUCGUACAUGAGGACAGAUCACAUCCUUAAAGACGAGGCAGAUACAAACAGUCCGUCUGGGCUGCCCCCCAUGCCCAAACACACAGUUGUCAGUAACAAGAGCGUAAUGAGGGAUCAGGUAACUGUGCGAGGUGGCCAGCUGAAGGUCAAGUACCUGUAUGAAGACUCCACCAACAAUCGAAAGAUAAAUGCCAUAACUACAGCAACCACUCAUAACAGUGGGACCACUGGUCAGACACCCAGUAAACCUGCCCCAAUCUCCAGCUUGUCCAAGGAGCACAGUGUAGACAGCACUGAAUCCAGUAAGGGCUCCAGUGAAUCCUCCGGCUCACAUGGUGUUGGGAAUAGUGGGAAGUCGUGUGGCCCUCUCACUCCUGACCAGGCUCUGAGACUGUAUCGAUCUCAACUGACCACCCUGGAGCAAACAGAGAUCCACUCCUACCCAGACGUCUACUUUGUGGGACCCAAUGCCAAGAAGAGGCCAGCCGUUGCUGGAGGCAACAACAACUGUGGCUAUGAUGAUGAGCAGGGUGGCUACAUCCACGUGCCCCAUGACCACCUGGCUUACCGCUAUGAGUUUCUCAAGAUUAUUGGUAAAGGUAGCUUCGGCCAGGUGGCCAAGGUAUACGACCACAAACUGCAGCAGCACCUGGCUCUGAAAAUGGUUCGUAAUGAGAAGCGCUUCCACCGGCAGGCGCAGGAGGAGAUCCGCAUCCUGGAGCACCUGCGCAAGCAGGAUCGCAACGGCACCAUGAAUGUUGUGCACAUGCUUGAAAAUUUCACCUUCCGCAACCAUAUCUGCAUGACCUUUGAGCUGCUGAGCAUGAACCUGUAUGAGCUUAUAAAGCGCAACAAGUUCCAGGGUUUCAGCCUGCCUCUAGUCAGGAAGUUUGCUCACUCCAUUCUGCAGUGCCUGGAGGCCCUGAGCAGGCACAGAAUCAUCCACUGUGACCUCAAGCCUGAAAACAUCCUGCUCAAACAGCAGGGACGCAGCGGCAUCAAGGUGAUUGACUUUGGCUCCAGCUGCUUUGAACACCAGCGGGUGUACACCUACAUCCAGUCCCGUUUCUAUCGAGCUCCAGAGGUCAUCCUUGGUUCGCGCUACGGCCUUCCUAUUGAUAUGUGGAGCUUCGGCUGCAUACUGGCUGAACUGCUGACUGGCUACCCCCUGUUCCCCGGAGAGGAUGAGGGUGACCAGCUGGCCUGUGUCAUGGAGCUGCUGGGCAUGCCUCCGCAGAAGGUUCUAGAGCAGGCCAAAAGGGCAAAGAACUUCAUCAACUCCAAGGGCCACCCUCGCUACUGUGGAGCCAACACCCUGCCCACGGGUGCUACUGUGCUGACGGGGUCUCGCUCCCGCCGUGGCAAGAUGAGAGGCCCUCCAAGUAGCAAGGAGUGGAGUGCUGCGCUCAAGGGCUGUGAGGACCCCACCUUUACUGACUUCAUAAAGAAGUGUUUAGACUGGGACCCCUCGUCUCGUUUAACCCCCAGCCAGGCCCUCAGGCACCCGUGGCUGUAUCGCCGGCUUCCCAAACCCCUACCUGGGAGCGAGAAGAGCCAAGGGGCUACAGUGAAACGGCUCCCCGAGCACCACAGCACCUCUUUCCCCUCUAUCCUGGCCAAAGGAGGGCCUGGCUUAAGCACCACAGCUGCCAACAACAAACUGCGGAGCAACAUGAUGGGAGAUUCAGUGGAGGCCAUACCACUUCGCACAGUCCUACCCAAACUUGUCUCUUAGAGAGAGAGAGAGUCCCUUUAAUCUCCUCUCUCCCUCCACUUCUUCCUCCUCUGCACUCCUCGGGAGGAGUCAGAUUGCAGGAGAAAGUGGACCUAGGUUUUAAAACUUGUUUGGUUGUUCUUUUAUUUGUUUUCUACUGAGAGGUGUCGACACCCCAGUUCCUGGUUUUUAAUAUUAGCUGAACAGAAAGAGAGAGACAAUAAAAGAAAAACUCUAUAAAGUUUUUAUACAGAGGAUUUCCUUGAGCGGCUGUGGAAUUUCUGUUUGCAGCCAUUGAUAAGGUUUGAUUUAGAUAAUGCUUUAAAAAAAAAAAAACCUUGUGUGAGUGGACAGCUUCGUAAAUGAGCAAAUGUUUUUAACCCAUGUGUGUUCUCACGUGAGUGUUUUGUUUUAGUAAAAGACACUCAAGCACACCUGCACUGUCACUUGUCUUUCUUAACACUCAGAGGACACCACCCUUUCUGGGGAAGUGUUUUUACGAGUGAAACUUGAAAAGGGCUACAGAGAUUACUCUUAUCAGGUUAGAGUUAGCAAGUAAAGAUUUGUUCAGCCAACAUCAUUUAAUAGAAGAAAAAAAAAGAAUCAUGCUCUACUGUUUGGGCCCUGCACACACUGACACAGUUGACAAAAAUGCCUUCGAAUAGGUACUGAGGGAUUGGCAUUAUGCAGCGAAUAAUUAGGAGAACAUGUUUUUAGCAAUAAGUCUUCACCUCCUCAUUUUUUUUCUAAUACUGCUCUUCUUUUCUACCUUUCCUGAUCCCUGGUGCUUGCAUGUCAGCUCAAUAUGUGACAUAAGUAUGUGUGUGUGCUUUAGCUUUGUGGUGCUACUGUGGGAGACAUCAAGGGGAUAUAGGACAGCCCCCUCCUCCAAACUCCCCUCCUGAGUGGAAAGAGGGGGGUGGGGAGGACAGUAGCUCCACUCUAACUCUGUCACAAAGGUGUCAUGGCCACACUCGGUACUUCACAAAAUGGUUUGUGUGAGACUGCCGUGUGAAGCUGGCUCACUGAUAUAUAUACAUAGAUAUAUGUAUAUAUAUAGAGAGAGGGAGAGAGCUGCAAGUUAUUUCACAUACACAUUUGUGGAAUGAUUGCCAGGAAAGUUGUCUUUGCAAAGUUAAAGUUUGUAUGAACAUCACCCGCCCAUGCCCGUAAUUGGCUACUGCAAUUUUUUGCAGUGGGGAAUUAAUCUUAAUGGAAGAGUAGUGCAAGGUGAGAGAGAUCAUGGGAUAGUAUGAAAGGCUGUGUGUUCAGUAUGAGCAGAGAUCUUUUUUUUUCUUCUCUGGGGUAGGUUUAGAGGAGUCUACAGGAUGGGCCAGUGAAAAGAAAAGGUUUUUAAGGUACUGAAGAAAGAAGAAGUGUUUCUCAGGGAGACAUACUUGAUACAUCCCUUACUCUUAUAUAUGCUCUGUUCCUCUUGCAGUCCUGUGUCCUGACUAUGGAUGAACAUGCAUGCAGUUGUGUCCAUUAAGAGCGAGAGAAUGCAUACAUGAGUGCGUCUGCGAAGGGGGUCUGCAUGCUCCACAAUCUGACCUAGAUUCCCCCCACACACACACACCACCUCUUUCUCAUUUUCUCACUCUAGUCUCAUGUAGGGAAGGGAAUCUCUUUAACUCACACAUACACUAUAUAUUCAAUUAUGGUGCUGUCCGGACGCGAGCGCACGCACACACACACACACACACACACACACACACACACACACACAAAAAAAAAUAACACAUCAGGUGCAUGUUGUAAUGGACCACACCGCUCAAAGAGUUCUUUCUCUUGUCCCUUGUUUUCUAAGCAAAACUGUCAGGGAUUUCUACUCUCUCCUUUUUUUUUUUUUUUUUUUUUUUUUAUAGAAGUGGUUUCUAUUGCUAUUCACUCCAGAAUAUCAGAGGAUGUAAAAUUGCAAAAGCAGAAAAAGGAAAGUUGUAUACUGUCAUGUUGUACUAGUGGUGUGUGCGUUAGUUGGAGGAUGUUUGGUGUUCCAGCAUGAAAUCACAAUUUGUUAUCAGACUGAGUGACUAUGAGAAGAGAAACUGUACAGUAACCAAAUGAAGUUGUGAUAGUUUCUUUUUCUAAAGAAAAUAAAAAUGAUUAUUAA